GCCUGGGAGGAGUGUGGAGUAGUUAGGCUAGGUAGAAGUUCACUGGGGCAUUUUUGCUUUUUGUUUGGUAAAGGGGGGUGGGGGUGGAGUUAGGAGGACUUUGAUAUUCUGUAUUGUUCUGCUUUCGAAUUAGUUGCAUACCUGCUUGCGAAGAUUAGCAGCUUUACACCAUCUUUGUUCAGAAGUUUUGUUUUUCCUGGGCAGCUUUUUAUUUUUAUUUUUUUAGAAUGCUGUCCAUCUUGAAUCUUUUCUAGUUUGGUAUAUGCUGCUGGCUUGGCUUUGGACUAUGUGUAAGACUUUGUUGUAGUAGAAUUAUUUCUCACGAGAGCAAAAGAAGACGGUGUGAAAAGCUGCUGCUGUGUUUCCACGAGAGAAUCCCUAUAGCACUUCUCUGGAAAGGUUAACUUUACCUUUAUAAAAGACUGAAGUGUGAAUUGUUCCUCUACUUUCAAAUUCUCACUGGCGUCCAGGACAUUUUCAGAAGAUGACUGGAGUUAGAAUCCACAUCUGACCAUCUCUCGUAGGCCAUCUGUCAUGCUCCUAGACUCCAUUGUCAGAAUAGAAUUUGUCUGGUAUUGGUUGGAUGAAACUGGCCAGUGGGUUGAAUAUGGCAAAAAGCAUCCACUGCACUGUACAGCUUCAAUCUCAUCUUUGGAUCUGGAGGCUGCUUUUCUCGCUGACCAGAGAGGCGUUGUGUUCUUCCGUGCUGGCUCUCAGCUGUAUGAGCUAAACUUCAAAGCUAUGGUCCAAAGAAACCUGCAUUUCCGAACCCGGAGAAGAGUCUGCAGAUGGCCCAAACUUGUGUUCUUUGGAGGUGAACUCACCAGUGAGAAGGGCAAUCGCUUUGAAUCUUCUCUUCCGUUCCACUUGUUUCCUUCAAGCUGGGACCAAUCAGCACUGCCUAACAUAGGCUACAAGAUGGUCGAGGUCUCCAGUUCUACUGAAGAAUAUAAUGAAAUCAAAGAACUCUUUGAGAAGACAAUGGAUGGUUACAUUAUCCACAGACUCCAGAGGAUUCAGAACCCUUCUCUUUGGCAAGUCUUCCAGUGGCAGAAAGAGCAGAUGAAGAAGAUGAAUGGAGGGAAUGAGGUAAAUGAAAGGCUGUUGUUCCAUGGCACCAGCAGAUCCCAUCUACAUGGCAUCUGUGAGCAUAACUUUGACUGGAGGAUCUGUGGGACCCACGGAACGUUAUAUGGAAAAGGGAGCUAUUUUGCCAGGGAUGCUAGCUACUCCCAUCGGUAUUGCCAGUCAGAUUCCCGCUAUAAGACCAUGUUUGUAGCCCGAGUGCUGGUUGGAGAUUAUGUUCAAGGCAAUGCUGCUUAUCUUCGCCCACCAUCCAGACCUAACCAGCAGAACAGCUUUUAUGACAGUUGUGUGGACAACCUUCUGGAUUCUUCGAUUUUUGUCAUCUUUGAGAAGCAUCAGAUUUACCCAGCAUAUGUAAUAGAGUAUGAAGAAGUAUCCUAUUGUGUGGUCAUGUAAUGAUAGCAGUUAAUCUUAUAUUUGUUUCUUAAGAAUGGACUUCAAAUCUUUUUUAUAAACGUAAAGUAUUUUUAUUAAAAACAAACAAAAAAAAAAAACAACCCCAACUCUGCUGUGGUAGAUGUCUUCUUAGUUCCAGAUCUUACGUACGUAAAAUACUUCAAAUUGGGCAACCCAAAUCCAUUUUUGGAUGACUGGCAUUGUUUUAUAAUCAAUAGUAAACUGGACUGAGAUUUUUGGAACAGACAAUAAACCUUGCAAACCAGUGUU